UAAGGGUUGUUCCUGGAGGACCCAUCAUAGGUACUGCUCAGCCAUAGUAUCAAGAAAUCGUUUGUGUUAGUCACCAUAUCAUGUACAAGACUGAUUAAUCUGAUGAAUUACUAAAUUGUGUUUACAAAAAGACAACACUAUACAUCAAAUAUUAAAUAAACUGACUUCAUCUUGACGCGCCUUGGGGGAAAAAACUAUGCAAAACAUGUGGCAAAAAGUGUGAUAAUACAAACAAAGCUUGUCGCUCAUUAACAUCUGUGCGUUAUUUUAGUUCGAAAAGUUUGGCUUUAGUUUUUCAAUGGAUGGAUGGAGCCAGUCACAUGACCUGCAAUUUUAAACCGCGGCCGCAGCGUCCUGGACGGGCGCAGCCACGGGGAAUCGCCCACACCCGGCUGGGGUGAGGUGCGCAUGCGUAGUGCAAACCUCAGGAGUGGUUCUGUUCCGCGCCUGCUCCUCCUCUCGGCUCGCUGCCCCGUCCUCCUGGCACACAGCAUCACAUUUGUUAACGACAGAACCGAGCAGAGCCGCGGUAACCUACGAGCACGGCGGUCUGCGGCGGGGCUACCUCGUCUUCUGCAGCCCAGUCACUGAGCACAACACGCUGACUGACCCCUGGCCGGCAACGUCCUUGCAUGACCACACCACCCGGAUUGCCUUGUACGUUUGGCUGCCAUGAUGCUUGGGUUACAGGGAAGUACUUCAACACCAAAGGUGUAUCGUUGUGUGGCAUGUUCAGCUACCUUCACUGGACUGGCGUCCUUGCUUGUACAUCAGGCAACCCAUGCCGGUGCGCUCUCCAAGGUCCCUGCCCCGUCACAGCCUAACAUCAGCCAACGGGAAACCCUAUUUGGUAGUAUGGACUCUUCUAGUGAGCAUCCCAGUCCACCGACACUUUUGCCUGAUAGCCAUUCUCCUUCUUUUUUUAUUUGUGAUUGUGGAGAGGAGUUUCAAGACUUCAGUCUUAUGCUGCAGCAUAAGCGACUACAUGUACCUCAACCACAGCUUCUACAACCUCUGGACAGUAAUAGUGUUCUUUCUGGUGGAACAGAUUGUGAUAAAGUCUUUCCUUCCCAGCAUGUAUCCUUCGUUCCAACAGUAACUCCGUCAUCUUUGGUUCUCAGUGUCCCUUCUACCUCAAGGUUUCCAGAUGUCAAAUUACCCGUAUUGGCAGACCACAAAACCGAUAUAAGCCUGGAGGAUGUCCCAUCCAUAGCAGCCGCUCCUCAAGGCCAGUGUAAACCCACUCAAGGUCCCAGUGAGAAACCACUUGAGACCAUGUCAGCCCCAGCAGACCAAUCAGCGGAGACUAUAGAGGACAUGAGUUUGCUAGACAAAACAAAUUCUGUUCCCAGCAGCAAAAAGGGGGAGAGUUUGUCUAUUAAUAAACCCCUAAUGAAGUUGCUGGCAUCAGCAUACAUGAACCGAUUUCAAAAUCCUCUCUCGCCAAAUCAAAACAAUAACACCGUUACCCCCAAACAAGAAGUUGUCCCUGUUGAUAUAACACCAGUUGCAAAAACUGAAGUGUCCGCGAUUAACGAUCUCUCGAUAACACAGUUGAGGCGACUGCUUGCAAAACCUGGUGUUAAGACAAAAGCUCCAUCCAUCAGCAAAAUUCUUGAGGGCAGUAAGAAAAGGGUUGUCUCUCUGACAAAGACUUUCUCCCCUGUUGUGGUCCUUGAAACCCGUCAAAAGCUCAUGGCUCCUUUCAGUAAUGGCACAUAUGGGGAAUAUCAAUGUGGCCGCUGUCGAAGGGUUUUUCACAAUUUAGACAAACUGGCCGAGCAUCAUUUCUUGCACAAAAAAGAACGGAUUAAAUGUUGCCGUCGCUGCAAACAGCUCAUCAUUGGCCGGCUGCCUUUACCUGACAAUCACGUAUGCCCUCAGUUAGGAAACAAAACCAUAUCGCCAUCAAGCUCUUUCCCACAAAAGAUCGUGCCCUUCCACAGUCUGAACAAUUCAAAAAAAGUAUUCUUUUGUCCGUUGUGCAAGCACAACUAUGCACGCAGGUGGAACCUGAAAAUGCACAAGUGUCAGGGCCCAGGCUCCGCCCCUUACCCGCACGCCAGUUCAUCUUUUCGCAAAAGGCCAGUAUUGAGGUCAAACAGCGAAGACAAAACAGAUGGAGGGGUCAAAGCCGGACCUGAACUCAACAAGAGCGUUGCAGUGGGCACCGAAGUUACCAGGCUUAGUCGUAUCAAGGUAGAGGUGACGUCUCCAAAUUCACUGCAGUCUGCGGUUUCAGAUUUGGCCUGGACACAUCCGGCAAAAAGCUUCUCACCUUUCUACUCCAAAUCUUCCAUCAACCAGGCACAGAAAGAUGCCUCUCAGUGUGGCAUGUCGCUCCAGCAAGGACAAGAGAACAGCAGCUGGGAUGCAGUUGAAGCAGAAUGUGAUGAACAAGACAGCGACGAAGGGGAGUGGACAAUGCCCUUGGAUGAUGAAAUUGAGGUGCUGGGCUAUACCAAUAAAGCUGGUAAUGACGCACAAGUGAAGUCAACAGCAACGACGGCGCCCAGCCUGCGCUAUUUUGUGAGGGGCGGUGUGAGGCGUUACCCCUGUAACCGGUGCCAGAAAACCUACAGCCGCCCGUCUACUCUGAGGCGCCAUCUGCGGCUGUGCGGCUUUAGGUUACGCGGGCCCGCAACGUUGAGUGGCGGUCAGGGCGGCGCGCCGCUAUCCGUCAACAACGCAAAGCCGAUGUUUGCUUGUUUUGUCUGUGGGAAGACCUUCAACCGCAAAGACAACAUGAUGGUUCACAGGAGGAGAUGUCAGUUGCUACGGACAAUGGAAGCCGGCGGAAAGGUGGACGGAAGGGCCGCGCAGCCGGCCGCGUCAGGCAUCGCGACGGCCCGUCAAACCAAGGAGGACGACGGGGGCAACUGGGGCAUUAUGUCGCUGCCCUCGGUGCUUCCGAGGAGGGUGACGUGCGAGUGUGGCGUCGGAUUUACGUCCCCGAGGCUCCUCCUGGAGCACCUGCAGAAGCAUGCGCAGGAAUCCUACACGUGUCCGACGUGCGGAGAGACCGUGAAUUCUUGGGCGGACUAUGAAGUUCACCUGCAGAUCCACAUGCAUCCUCAUCACCAGCUGCUGAAGGGAAUUCAGCCACAGCGGUCGCAACCUCUGCUGCUUCGAUUUCAGCAGCAGCAGCAGCAGCCCUCUCGGCCCGUGGAUCAGCCUCAGGCCAAGCAACCGCGCCCAGUGCAAGCUGCGAAUCCAGCAAAGAAGAAGCAGCAGCGGAUCAUGUGCACGCGGUGCAAUAACACGUUCGCCACGCGCUGUUCCCUUCGGAGGCACCUGUUGUGGAAUCGAUGCAAAGGUGUGCGGGCCACUAACCAGCCCAAGGCUUACCACUGUUCCCACUGCAACUCUGACUUCCCGAACUCAAUAAGUCUCAUGUUUCACCAGAGGAGCGGGGCUUGCAAGCCCGCCAUCAAGCCCGUGCGUUGCCCGGUUUGUCUUCGCUGGUUCGGCACCGUGGACGGAUUACAGAAACACCUGCUGACUCACAAGCAGACUGAAGCGCACCGCUGUGAUGUCUGUCAGGGCACAUACCCGAACGUGAAAUCCCUCAAAAACCAUCGCAGGAGGAUUCAUCGCAUCAUGGCUGGAGACACACAGCCCCUAACCCAUGAACAGCUAACUACUUAAUGACAACAAAAAAAUAAUCUGCUACCUGGGAGUGGUGCACAUAGAGGAACACAUUUUAUUAUAUCUGUGCCAAAUGUAGUUUACUGUACAGCUGAGUGCAUUUAUACAUUUAUUUGGAGUAUCUUAGUGUAGCUUGCUGCUGUUGGCUCGUUUUCUUUCACAUGUAAAUAUUUUUUUUUUACAUAGCUUCAUUAUUUUGUAAAGGCUUCUUGAUAUUUCAUCACAAACCUACAUCACAGGGUUUUAGAUGUAGCUGAUUGUUGUUCCCUGUAAUAAUAAACCAACCAUUUAAAUAAACAUGUUGGUUAUGUUUUGUAUCUGAGAUGUUAAAUUCAAGCCAGGAUCAACUCUUGUUUUAUGUUUCUACAUUUCACUCCUUGUACAGAUAUUCUUUUUUUUCUGAAUAAACAAAAAAAAAGUGGUAUACUUAUUAAAACAAGUUCUUUAUUAAGUCCAAUCCAAUAGUAUGGUAGAAUUUAAUGAGCAUGUUACUAUUUUUUGAUCAUUAGGUAUUUAUUACAGUAUAAAUAAUACUAAAUGUAAGGGUUUUUCUUAGAUGAGCCAUUGGUUUGACCAGAUGUAUGACCUGCAUUGGCCUUUGAAUAGGUCAUUUGUAAUGUUCACAUAGUUUUAAUCUGCAGUAGCAUAAAAUAGAUUUAAAUUAGAAAAUCAUCUCAUUGAGUUAAUUAUGUGGAUUUUUUAUUUAAUUUGAUACAUUUGCCUCCAGAUUAUGUACAGACAGAAUGCAAUUAAAUAGGCAAUGUAUAGUUUUUCUGUCAAGUCGGAAUUACAAACUGGGCUAAACAUCCACGUUCACUUUGUUUCUUCUGGUUUUUGAUUAUCUUUGAAUCUAGAAUGUACGAUACAGAUUAAACAUGGCAUUAAAUUACAUGGUAAAUGGGGUCAGAAUUUAUUUACUUCAGCAAGUUUUGAAAACCAUCUUUACCACUACUCGGCAAAUAAAUUGCCCAUCAGUAUAUCGAGCAAAGCACUAUUUAUUCCACAUUGUGCAAGAGAUCGCUU